UAAUUCGGUUUACGUCAUUAUAUUGACAAUAUAUAAAUUGACUCAAAUGUAACUCACCUCUGCAAAGUCUAGUUUGGGAAAUUACGCUAUGUUUAACCCGGAAGAGAGACGAAUGCAGUUCGAUUGAAGAGACGUUAUCAUUCUUUAACAGAAGGCCAGAUGAACAACCUGAAUGACCCCCAGGAAUGGAACAUCAGGCCAGAGCAGAGGGGGGGUGGUGGUGGCAGCGAUGGGAACAAGUGGAACUAUGCCCUACUGGUGCCCAUGAUUGGUCUCGCUGCCUUCCGGUGGAUAUGGUCCAGAGAGUCACAGAGGGAAGUGUUGGAGGUGAAAGAAACGUUUGACAAGAGCAUGCAGACCAUCCGUGAUGACAUGGAGCUGAAGUACAAGGACACGCUGAGAGAGAACCGACGGGAGACGGUCCACCUGGAGCUGGAACUGGAGAAGGAGAAGAACCGCGUGCAGGGCUACCGCCAGGCCAUAGCCUCCCAGAGCCAGCAGCUGAUGGAGGAACGCAGGAGGCUUAGCCAGGAGCGGGAGGCCCUGACUGGCGAGAAGAGCCGACUGCUGCAGGCUGGCGGAGCUGGGGCCCUCCUCCACACGGCUCUGGAGAGGGAGAGCGAGUGGCACCGGGGAGCCAUAGCUGCUCUGAGGGAGGUGGAGGAGGGUCUGGUGGAGAGGCAGGGGGCCUUCUGCAGCAUCCUGGUGCCCCGGGAGAAGAGGCUGGAAAUGGAGAAGGACUUGCUGGUCAGAGCUGGCAGAGAACGGGCUCUCGCCCAGCUGGAUAUGGACACCGGCCUCAAGGACAUCUUUAAAAAUGACCGCAACUGUGCACAGUACCUGAACACUGACAAGCGCAAGAACGGUAGUCUGAUGUGGAUCUACCUCAGAUACUGGCAGCUGCAGGUCACACUACAGAAACACAGGAGAGCAGAGGCCACGUUGUUGGGAACACAGUCUAGCAAUCUAUGAUGUCGCUGGGAUUAUGAGCCAAAGUGAUAUUUAUUAAUGAUGUGUAAUAUGUCCUAUGAGGAAGGACAAGCAUUUAAAAUGAGUACAGCAAAUUAUUGUUGAUAAUCUAAAAAUGUGUAUCUGAAAGAGAAAGUAAAAAUAAAAACUGUAAACAAUAUGGUUAACCCUGUAAAGCACUUAUUGAACCUAAAAUGUUAUUUGCAUGACCAAUAUCCUAUUCAUAGAAUCCUAUAGUGUUUUAU